CCUGCUCUUUACAAUCGAAAAAGGGUCGCCUUCCCAAACAAACCAACCCCUGAAAUGAAAGGGAGCGACAAAACCAAACGCCACGCCACCCAAGACCAGUCGCUGGACAAAUUUCACCGAAAAGUAAAAAUCUUUUGUGCAGAAAUAGACAUAACUGAAGAUGUAUCCUGAGGAUGACAAUGGGGACAAUAACAUUGUGAAAAACAGUUUUAAAGCAAAUUGGAUAGCAGAAACUGCAGAAGGAAUUCAGCAGUACUGUCAUGUCUUUCAGAUUUCUUCUCAUACCCAAUAAGAGUUCUAAUACCCAGAUAGGGGAGAACUUAACUAACUACGGAGUCAAUGAAGAUGAAUAUUUUGGGGAUACAGCAGUAUGCCUCAUCACUCCGACCUUUCAACAUACGGCAAAGGUUGCUUCCCUAGCUGGAGGUUUUGUGAAACACUCGCUUGUUGAGGAAUUCCAGAUUUCUUUGUAUUGCUGUGAUCUCUGCUCGAGGAGCUUAUCUCAAGCUGGCCAAUUAUCUGCACAAGGUCAUAUUGCAAGAAUGCUAAUACCAGAAGCUGAACCAAGACUAAGAUUUAACUUCUGUAUAUACGAGGCAGUGAAACAUGAUCCUUGGAUGCAAGAGUGAACAAGAGAUUGCAGCAACCUCAACUUUGGCUGUGGAUAUUAGGAAAUGCGGAUCUUGUUUUUGACAUUACAAGGCCCUGUUCAGUAAAACUAGCGGUAGCGGGUAGUGGUAGAUAACUGUUAAAGUAGCGGGUAGUGCCUAUCUCUUAAAAUCCUGUUGUGAUUCACUGAGUGGAUGUGUGAUACGAAGAACCAAACAUAAUUUAUUACUGGCGGCGUGGCGUAAAUUGAUCAUUGCUAUAUCAGAUUCAAUUAACACGGUUAAUUCUUAUUUAAAUGUGGUGUACAA